UCAUACAAGUAGUUUCGAUAUAAAUAGCAUAAUAUCACACAAGUAAUUGGCUGUGUGAUUAAAUUCUCGUACACCUGAGAGAUGUAGUGCAACUUGUGAGAAACAGCACGCGUUGAUGUUAUCAUAUUUGUGAUAAAGUGUGUAUUGCUUAAUAUUCAGGAAAAAUGCUAUAUUUUAUACCAUACUUUUAAUAGUGUACAUUUAAUGUCGGACUAAAUCGAAGUACUAGUAUACAAACUUGAAAAAAUGGUUACAGGAAAACAGUGCGUACUUAUAUAUUGCGUAGUUUUGUGGAUAAAUUUAGGAUAUGAUUCAGCAGUUGAAGGGGCGUGCCAGGAACGACAAGAUCCAUUACCCACGGGGCGAGAGUGUCGCAAAGCAUGCCAACACAAUCGUGAAUGUCGGUCGAACAAGAAAAAAUGUCAGUGCGAUGGAAUUUGUGGAAUGAGCUGUAUAAAGCUAAACCAAGAAUGUAAACCAUUGGCUAAUAUUCCACAUGGGCGGGUGGAUAUUAAGCCUAAUAACCGUUUUGGUGCUAUAGCUCAGUAUUAUUGUGAAGAUGGUUAUAAACUCCGCGGGGACCAGGCAAGGGUGUGCCAAGGUGAUGAAACAUGGAGUGGUUCUAUACCACAGUGUUUUGUUGACCAUAAUAUGGAAAAGGUAGAGUGUUCGUCGCCACCCAGUAUCUACAACGCAGUCCAUGACGGAUCGCCAGAUCAGCGCAAGUUUAAACUUGGGACAAUGCUACAAUACAAAUGCGAACCGGAAUUUACUUUAAACAGCGACGCUGUUGUGAGGGCGUGGUGUGUGGGCGGGGGUAUAACUGGAUGGGUGGGACCAAACAUGACCUGCACACGUAAGGACGCUGGGUGCCCAAGACUUGAAGAUAUACACAAUGGUUGGGUGGAACAAAGUCCAUCAAAUAUCGUAGGAAGUGUAGCAAUAUAUCAUUGUAAACGGAAGUUUUACCUGGCUGGUAGAGAGGAAAGGAAAUGUCUAAGUGGAGGGAAGUGGGAAGGAGUACCGCCUAGUUGUGAAGCUGUAACCUGUAAUGAUCCUCCAAAAAUUGAGCAUGCAGAGCAUAAUGGCGACUCGCAACCACUGUAUCCGUCCGGUCAACAAUUAAUGUAUAAAUGUUCGUAUGGUUACUAUGCCGACGGUGAACCACGUGCAAUGUGUAGUGGAGAAGGAAAAUGGAUCGGACUCACGUUGCUGUGCUCCCCAAGGAGUUGUGGUUUCCCCGGGGAUAUCGACAACGGAUGGCGCACUGGCUACGCCUUUACAUUUCCAAACGUGGUCAAGUAUUUCUGUCAUGAUGGGUUCGAGCUAGUGGGUCAAGGUAAUCGUUCAUGUCAAGCUGAUGGCAGAUGGUCCGGAAUUAAACCUAUAUGUGAACCUGUGACUUGCCCAAAUCUGUUUGCUCCGGUAUAUGGUCAUAUGUACGGUGACGGUACGGGAUACGGUACAGUUAUUAGAUUUCAGUGCGAUGAUGGCUACAAGAACAUCGGGGCGUCAGAGAGACGAUGCCAGUCGGACCGCACAUGGAGCGGAGCUGCAGCAAAAUGUGAAGGUUACAAAGAAAUUAACUGUGGUUGGCCGGGACCUUUCUUCAAUGGUUACCUUAUUGGUCACAAGACUACUGUCGGCUCAACAAUCUUCUUCAGUUGCGUUGCUAGAACAACAUUUGAAGGUGACACGUUUCAAACACAGUGUUUAGAGACAGGUGAAUGGUCAAAUAAGCCACCAAUAUGCUGGGGUCAGUGUCAAGUACCGGCUAUACCAAAUGCAACCCUGCUAGGUGGGAGCGAGUUGAAAUACGAGAAUCAUGGCGUAGAGGUCCGUUUUCAGUGUAAAGGCGGACUAGUACCACGUGACUCGUCAAGCAUGACGUGUAAUAAUGGAACAUGGUCAAGCUCCGCUGAAUGUGUUCCAGCGCCAUGCCAUUCUGCCCCUCCGCACGUGCACAAUGGGAUGCGAAUCUAUAUGGGCCAGGAACAUGGAUUUAGAGCAAAAUAUAAAUGUUUUGCCGGGUUCCGUCUCACUGGUAUGAAUGGGACAUAUCUGACAUGUGAGUUUGGGAGUUGGCAUGGUGGAAGACCACAUUGUGAGGAAUUUUAUUGUCCAAACCCAGGGACCAUUUCACACGGAAAGGUUUACAAGAAAAGCAUGGAGCGGAGAUUUGAUUUCAAGCCGUAUAUACGUUCAAUACGGCACGGCUACAGACUCGAGUUCGACUGUGACGUGGGAUACCGUAUAACUGGACCCGGUGGAGCCACGUGCGUUAAUGGACAGUGGCAACCUCCGCUCAACAGUACAAAGUGCGAGCUUGCAAUCCACCCACCGUUCCGUAAACUUUGGACACCAAUACCAAAUAUAUAUACACACAAAUAGAAAGAAACGAUUAUAAAAGUUGUGAAUGAAAUAAGAUCUCAAAAUGUAAAGAUGUUAACAUUACAAACUUUGUUUCAUAUCUAGUCCUAUGCAAUAUUUGCAUAUAUGCAAUGAAUAAACGCAUAUUUGAUUUUCUCAUUUGCAGGCAUGCACUUUAUAUACUUUUAUUUUACAUUUUUACGAUUUUAUUACAAUUGUACAAUUGAAUUAGCUGCUAAAACUGAAAUAAAAACACUGACAAGUCAUUUAAAAAAGUGUUAAGUAUUACGGACAGAGAGAUAGAGAUGUCGUGAACAUACUAGGUUACAGAAUGAUGCGUUUUAAUAUAAUACUUGUAUACAAUAUUUUUAUCAUUAUUUGUAGCUCAGUAUAAUCUUACACUUAAAAUUAUUUCUACAUCAUUGAUACUACGGUGUCUUUCUUUUAACUUUCAAAUUUUCUCUGAUCUUUUACCUGUUUUGCAGUUAUUAGGAUUUAGCUAAACGCCAAGCAUUCGUUGAACUAUCAAUGUUGUCAUAUUCUAGUAUUGAGCUCGAAUCCGCAUCCCUGGACUCUUUUUCCACUAGUCAUAAAAAGUCAAAUUGUAAAAUGCUUAGAAAACUUCAACACGAUUUUGAUCAUUAAGAUUUUUUUUAUAAAGAUGCAACUUGCAGGAAACUGGUCUACUUUUUAAAUGUCAGAUAUUUUUUUUCUCAUAAAACUCUUGACAAUUGUUUUCAUCUUGAAUGUUUUCUAUCUGGUUGUGUCGGUGUUGUCAGUUGUUACCAUUAUGUUGUUGUUUUUUUCUUGUUGUACUUUUAUGGUAUUAGAUUUUUUGUUAUCAAAACGAAAUAACGGAGUUUUAAUAGUAAUAGCAUCUUUAAAAGAUUACAGAUGAAUGUUAUUUCACACAUGCUGACAGGGCGUUUCCACGAAGCGUCAACAAACAACUGGCGCCAUUUUUUAAUAUGGUUGGAGGAAACUUGUACAUGUACAACAUAAGAUAGAAGCUGGGUACUAUUUUAGUUGUGAAAAAAAAACGAAAAUCUCUUAAAGUGGUACAUUAUAAAAUUGUCGAAGAAGGGAUUUAGCAGAGUUUAGGAGUGUCAAUCUUCAUAAUCUAAAUACUAUUUGAGGUUUAUAUUUUAACCUAUAAUUGACAUUUUGCCUUCUUUGAUAUUGGUGUUUAUUUUUCAGACCAUUGUUUGUUGUAAUUAUACACAGUUUAAGCAUUGCCUUGUACAGAAAAUGUAUAUAUUAGUAUACAAACCCUGAAAAUGUUGUUUAAUUAUGAUGAAAUAAAAUUUUGUAACAGUU